AUGAAUCACGUAUUCCAACAAUAUAAACAGGACUUUAAGGAGCUUGCUGAAACAUUAAAGACAGACUUGAACUCUUUGAGCAAUCCAAUUAUCUCUCAUGAUCAACAACUCAUAUUGAUAAACAAGGUCGAGUCAGACUUGGAGGAGGCUCACGAGAUUGUCCAACAGUUGGAGUAUAGUGCACAGAACUCUGGACAGAUUGCAACAGAGAGACCAGUUAUUGACGAGUACCUUAAUAUAAUCAGAGAUAGAAAGAAUGAUUUGGAAAAGAUCACAGGUGUUCAAUCAAAGCCAAAGAGUCAAAAGAAAAUCCGUUUCGAUGAGGCCAACAUUGUGAUUAGAGAGGAUGUGGACAACUAUGUGGAGGAAGAGGAUUUAGAUGACCUGCGAAACGGACCAAAGUCAGAUAUCUAUCUGCGUGAGAACGGUUUUGUUCCAUUCGUCAAGAGGAAUGCUCUAAAGAUCACAGUAGUUGGAAUUCUGGCGUUGGCCGCUGCACUCAUUGUCAUAUUCGUCUACAUGAAGAAGAACCAGAACUCACCGGACCAGAAAGUACAUUAA